GGUAGGAGCGGCAGGUGUUCGGCGGAUUGGGUGGAGAUGGCGGGGGCGGUGGGCGGCGAGGGCAACUGGGAGGAGAUGCUGAGGCGGAUGCUGCCGCCGGGGACCGCGAUCCCGGAGGGCAACCUCGACUACUCCAUCGCGCUCGAGUACGACGGGCCCCCGGUGGCCUAUGAGGUCCCCAGGAUCGACCCGGUGGACAUGGCGGACGUGCCCACGGCCGAGCCCGUGUCCGGGUCCUACAGGCUCGGGAACAGCGUGGUGCCCGUGGCGCCGGUCUUCAGGCCGGCAGCGCCCCGCCGUGCAGACCCGCCACCGGCGCCGCCUGCGCGGGUCAGGGUAAGCUCGGAGUCCGCCAAUUCAGCGCCUCAGGAUGAGGGGGACUCUGACCACGACGACGACUCCCGCCAGGCGUCCCGCGAGUUCGCGCGAAGCUGGCAGGGGCACACCGACAGCAACCGGCCUGCCGCGCCGGAGGGGAGGAGAUCUCACGUGGUGACCUUCGGGCUGGCGGAUGACAGCAAGUACGACGACAGCAGCGAGCUCGACGACACCAGGUCGGAGCAGUUCGUGGCGGCGACCAGGAAGGAGAAGAGGGACAAGACGUGCGACCGGUGCGGGAAGCGGAAGUGGGAGGGCAAGGAGGCGUGCAUCGUCUGCGACAAGCGGUACUGCGGCUACUGCCUGCUCAGGGCCAUGGGGUCCAUGCCGGAGGGCCGCAAGUGCAUCACCUGCAUUGGCAGGCCCAUCGAGGAGAGCAAGCGGUCCAAGCUGGGGAAGAGCUCGAGGAUACUGUCGCGGCUGCUCAGCGCGCUCGAGGUGAGGCAGAUCUUGAAAGCCGAGAGGGAGUGCCAGGCGAACCAGCUCCGGCCCGAGCAAAUCAUCGUCAAUGGCUGCCCUCUUUGUCAGGAGGAGAUGUCGGACUUGCUUAGCUGCGCGCGGCCUCCUCAGAAUCUGAAGCCUGGGAGAUACUGGUAUGACAAGGAGUCGGGCUUAUGGGGAAAGGCUGGGGAAAAGCCGAAUCGGGUUGUCAGCACUAACCUCAACUUCAAUGGAAAGAUUCAGCCUGAUGCCAGUAAUGGCAACACCCAGGUUUACAUGAAUGGAAGGGAAAUCACCAAGAUUGAACUGAAAAUUCUGAAGAUAGCACAAGUCCAAUGUCCCCGUGAUACUCACUUUUGGGUCUAUCAUGAUGGUGGAUAUGAGGAAGAAGGCCAAAAUAACAUCAAAGGAAAAAUAUGGCAAUCUCCUUUCACACGUUUUGUUUGCGCCAUGGUUUCACUACCGGUGCCUCCUCCAAACUCUGAUGAGCCCAAAGACGACUCUCCUUAUUCAGCAAGAGCAGUGCCUGAUUACUUAGACCAGAAAAGAGUACAGAAACUUCUUAUUCUUGGAUCACCUGGAGCUGGAACAAGCACCAUAUUUAAGCAGGCUAAGUUACUAUAUGGAACUAGAUUUACCCCAGAAGAACUUGACAAUAUCAAACUAAUGAUCCAAAGCAACAUGUUCAAGUACCUCGGGAUUCUGUUAGAGGGCCGUGAGCGCUUCGAGGAGGAGGCUUUGGCUAUAUCAAAUAACCCAAAUUCAGAAGAUGGGGAUACCCAACAAGAUGAAAACAAAUCUAGUGAUUCCAACUCUUGCAUAUACUCAAUAAAUGCAAAGCUAAAGAAGUUCUCUGAUUGGCUGUUGGACAUCAUAGCAAUGGGAGACCUAGAUGCAUUCUUCCCUGCAGCUACACGUGAAUAUGCACCAGUUGUUGAUGAGAUGUGGAAGGACCCUGCUAUACAAGCAACAUAUAAAAGAAAGGAGGAAUUGCACUUUCUCCCUGAAGUUGCUGAAUAUUUUUUGAGCAGGGCAGUUGAAGUAUCGAGUAAUGAGUAUGAACCUUCAGAGAAAGAUGUAAUAUAUGCUGAAGGGGUAUCACAAGGGAAUGGAUUGGCCUUUAUAGACUUCACUCUAGACGAACGGAGCCCUAUGUCAGAACUCUAUGGUGAUAGUCAUGACCCAACAUCUCAGGCACUAAACAAAUAUCAGCUGAUUAGAGUAAACGCCAAGGGCAUGAAUGAGGGAUGCAAAUGGGUAGAAAUGUUUGAGGAUGUCCGUGUGGUGAUAUUCUCUGUAGCACUCAGCGACUAUGACCAGCUGGGACUCUCUGCUAGUGGCGGCAGUAGGCGCCUCCUGAAUAAGAUGAUUCAAAGCAGGGACUUGUUUGAGUCUACAAUCAGGCAUCCAUGUUUCCGCGACACGCCGUUUGUUCUGGUUCUCAACAAGUUCGACCUCUUCGAGGAGAAGAUUGGGCGCUCUCCGCUCUCGGGCUGCGAGUGGUUCAGCGACUUUGGCCCCCUCCGGACCCACAACAACAACCAGUCGAUGGCCCACCAGGCGUUCUACUACGUGGCGAUGAAGUUCAAGGACCUGUAUGCGGCGCACACGAACGGCCGGAAGCUGUUCGUGUGGCAGGCGCGCGCCCGCGACCGGCCCACCGUCGACGAGGCCUUCCGGUACAUCCGGGAGGUGCUCAAGUGGGAGGACGAGAAGGACGAGGGGUUCUACCCGGAGGAGUCCUUCUACAGCACGACGGAGCUCAGCUCCUCGCGCCUUGUCGGAGCAGGAGAGUGGCAGCAGCAAUCUGCUGCCGGCUAAUAGACCAGAGAGCACGUAGACCGUUGUUGCUGUUGCCUAAUUGUAUAGUGCUGUUGUUGUUGUGUAAUUGUACUAGCUAAGCCAACAUUUAUUCAGCUUGUUAAGAAUGGAUGUUAUCAUUGUUGUGCAGUAGUGGUAGUAACUUUCCUGAUAAAUGUAGUUAAAAGGAGAGAGAAAACAUGUUUGUAAAAUCAUUUGGUAUUCGAGCUGAUCGAUCGUGAUUCAUAUUUUUUGGGUAAAA